AUGUCCACUGCCCAAGAAGUGUCCUCCAAGAUCUCCAUAGAUAAGUCUGAUGGGGACAACUACGCGACUUGGAGUCGUUACAUGCGUGGAGUGUUCCUGAUCAAGUCGGUCUGGCACGUCAUCAACCGUGAGAAGACGCCGAACUUCGCGGACCCUCAAUGUCAUCACGUGGUUGGUGACUGCGAGAAAGCAUGGGGUCGCACGGACGCGCUUGAAGAGGCUUUACGGUGA